AUGGCCGACGUGAUCAAACAGAACAACAAGGAGGGACUGAAACGAAGACGUGUCACCCGCGCCUGUGACAGUUGUCGAGUCCUCAAGUCCAAGUGCGAUGGCCAACACCCCGUCUGCGGACGGUGCGCGGGCUAUGGAUAUUCCUGUCGCUGGAACGUCCCUUCGACGCGACGGCGACAGUCCGAGACCCGCCAGACGCAGCUGAGCCUGCUGUCGGCCAACGACGAGAUCCAGAAGUUGAGGCAAGCCGUUCGGCGAUACGAUUUCCUCAUCCAGGGCCUGCGCAAUAGUCUCCCGGAGGACGAUCGCAAGGCCAUCGACUUGGGCGUGUCAGCCAUCCAACUUCCGUCCUUGUCGCCCGAACCAACCAACCCGGCCACCACCACUCAGUCGACUUCUAGUCAGGCGUCACCGGAGCAAGACGCGGCUUCUGCCCUGUCACGCCGUUUCCUGGGUGAGGCCAGCGACAUCGCCUUCUUCAACACGAUGAAACAGGCGCUCACCCUGCGCCCCGAGGCCGAACCGUCUGAAGGUGACACGUCAACGGUCCAGCUGGACAGUUACGAGCAAGACGGAGCCCUGCGCACGGCCUGUGUCGACAGUGCCGCCGAAUCUCUGCCACCCCGGGCUGUGGCGGACAAAUUUCUGGAGAUCUACUUCUCUACUAUCCACUUGGCCUACCCGUUCAUCUGGGAGCCUGUCUUCCGGCAGAAGUACGAGGCGUUCUGGGGCUCCGAUUCCCUGCAGAGCUUCCGUGGACCCUGGCUAUCUGUGCUUCUGACCAUCUUCGCCAUUGGGGCGUGCUAUGAAACAUUUGCCGAUACGUGUGAGCGAGGGGCCAGGAUUCAUCACCACCACCUGUGGUUCGAUCAGGCUGUCUCUAUUUCACAAUCCAACGAAAAAGAACAGGGCAUGGACUACAUUGCGGCCCUUCUAGCGCAGUGCUUCUACCUACUGGCGACCUGUCAGACCGAUCGGGCGUGGACAACUCUGGGCAAAGCCGUCAGAAGCUCUCAGAGUAUUGGACUCCACACGGAGGACGUGAAGCGACCGACAUCGGAUAGCCUGGAACGAGUGUCGAUGGUCGAGAACCGCCGGCGGCUGUGGUACUCUCUCUACGUCCUCGACCGGUUACUCUCGCUGCAACUCGGACGACCUCCGGCGAUCCACGACGAGGACUUCAAGGUCGCAUACCCGUCCAAGGCCUCGGAUAUUUCGAUAUCGAACGGCACCGCCGAAUCCCGGCGGAACCUCUCCCCCAAGGAUCAGGAGUGCGCCGACGGUGAGUACUUCGUGGCCAUGAUCCAGUUCUCGGGCAUCAUCGGCCGCGUCUUCUCUCUGCUCUAUGGGCCCAACCGGACCGAAAACGCGGCGCUGGCGCUCUCGACCGUCCAGAGUCUGGACCAGGACCUGCAGCAGUGGCGGGCGAGUCUGCCGCGUGCGCUGCGGUUUGACCUCGCCCACAUUUUCCAAAAGUCGACGAAACUGAAACGACAGAGGAACAUGCUGGCCAUCAAGUUCUACAACCUGCAAGCCUUGAUCCACCGCCCACUGCUGUCGCCGUCGCGGUUCCUGCGCUCGUGCCCGGACCCGCUUGCGUUCUACCAGGCGGAGCGGGCGCGGAUCGUGCAGUCGAAGAAGCGGUGCGUGGUGGCGGCGCAGCACACGGCGCGGCUGCUGCACAACGUGGCGGACAAGCGCCAGCUGAUCUACGACUUUCCCUGGUGGCAGAUGAUCUCGUGCCUGAUCUGCGCCACGUCGAUCCUGCUGGUCGCGAGCCUCUGCAUUGUGGGCAGCGGCGGGGGCGACGAGGCCGAGGUCGAGGUCGAGGACAUCGACUGGCUCGCCGUCGACGAGGACGCCGACGUCUGUCUCACCGUGUUUCGCGAGCUGAGCACCAACUCCAACGCCGCCCGUCUGGCUGAGAAGAUGAUGCAGGGGCUCAAGGAGACGCGGCUCAAUCCUCAGGGUCGUCCAUCAUACUUCCCCGGAGAAAUGCCCACCAGCGUGAUGCCCGCUGGGGCCCAGGCAGUGAGCGGCAACAACAGCAUCCCGAACGUGGCCCCAGCGCCGCCCUCGCCCUCGUCGCCGCCGCUGUCGUCGUCGCAGUGGUAUCCGAUGUCGAUGGACACGAUGGACAUGACGACGCUGACGUUGUUCGACCAACACACGGGCGCAUCGCGGAUGCCGCUGAACCUAUCGGAGCCGGUCAUCUGGUCGUCGCAGUUCGUCAAUGCGCAGUAUAACCCCUUCUUCGACAAUGCCACCGCCGCGGAGUUGGAUGAUUUGUGA